AUGAGCAUCUACAACCCAAUCACACUCGAAGAGCUGGCAGUGCAGAGCCUGCUGCGGAACGAAGCCUCAACCAUCUCUGCUCUGGAGUACCUGCCCAUUAAUCUCUUCCCACCAGUUUUCAAGGAGGCCUUCAUUGGUAGACACAUGGAGCUAUUGAAGGCAAUGGUGGCUGCCUGGCCAUUUUCCUACCUUCCUGUGGGGGCCCUGAUGAAGACACCAGAUGUGGAGUUGUUACAAGCUGUUCUGGAUGGUGUAGACAUUCUGCAGACACAGGAGGUUCAUCCAAGUUGGAGGCUUGGAAUACUUGACUUGAGGAAUAUGAACCAGGAUUUCUGGGAUGUAUGGGCUGGCAGAGACUGGAACUGCUCAACAGAGACUGAAAGUAAUGAACAAGUAUGCAAUGAACUGAGGCAGGAUUUGAAGGUGGUCACUGAACUUAGUCUCAGUUCCCACCUGAAAGAACACCAAGCAUGCUUGUUGCAUUGGGCCCAGCAGAGGAAAGACUGCGUGCAGCUGUGCUGUGUGAAGAUGAAGAUUUGUGACUCUCCGAUCGAGAUUAUCAAGGAGGUCUUGGACAUUUUCCCACCAGAAAAUAUCGAGGAAUUGGAGCUAUACACAAACCAGGUGCAGCCCUUCCUGGGUCGCAUUGCACCUCAUCUUGGAUCAUUAGUGUACCAUGGGGGUGUCACAGUCAUUGUGGAUUUAAUAGUGAUGGACUCAUCACAGUAUCCAAGUGUGGACAUAUGCCUGAAGAGCCCAUUGGAAACAUUGAUCAUCACUCUCUGCCAUCUCUCCCAGUCAGACGUGAAACAGUUGUCACAGUGUCAGGGGCUCUGUCAACUAAGACACCUGAACUUCAGUUAUGUAGUUUUGUCCAGUUUGGGUGUCCCACAUCUCCGAGUUCUCCUUGAGAAUACAGCAGACACUUUGCAGACCCUGGAGUUGGUGGGAUGCUGGAUGGAGGACUCUCAUCUCAGUGCCCUCUUGCCUGCCCUAAGCCUGUGCUCACAUCUCACCACUGUGAAUUUCUGUGAUAACAAAUUUUCCACUGCUGUACUGAAGAAGCUUUUGCAGAGUGUGGCCAAUCUAAGCAACAUGACUGCAGAGUUCUACCCCGCCCCACUAGAGUGCUAUGAUCCCCCGGGGUCUGUCCUGGUGGAGAAAUUUGCCCAGUUAUGUCCUGAGCUGCUGGAUAUACUUUGUGCCAAAAGGCAGCCCAAGACAAUACUUUUUGCUACAGAUGUCUGCCUUGAAUGCUGCACGCGCUGUUUUUAUGACACCGAGGCCAGAUUUUGUCAGUGCUGGCAAUAA